GUAAAAUAUACGAGUUACUAAAUAACGAUUAGUUUGAAAAUGGAAACAGAAGAUGAAAUAUCUCAAAAAGAGAAAGAUUUAGCCGAACAGUUGAAGGCAGUUUGUACACCCUUCGGUGAUGAAAGGCGAUCAAAACUAAAGGAAUCAACUAAUAUUUUGUUUGAAAUGGGCAAGUUAUAUCUUGAAAAAGCAAAGUCAUCAACAGGAAUGAAACAAAAACUUGAUUUUAUAAAAUGUUCUGCUUUAUUACACGGUGCCAGAGUUCGAUAUGAAAGAAUAUUAUAUGAUAUAAAAGGAAAGAAGAAGGUUCAUGACCUCAUGGUUUCUUUGGAUGACAUUUUAUUUGUAGCUUGCAAAGGAAAUAAGUGUGAUAAGAGUCUGUUUGAAAUUUCUUCUGUUGUUGCUGGAAAAUUUAAAUAUUUGAGAGAAGCUGAAAAGCAAGAUUUAAACAGUUUGAGAAUCAUUGAUGAAAAUCUUCCAGAGAAUGAAUGUCACCAACAACAAUUAAUUAAAAUUGAAGUGAUAAAAGAUUUAAUGAAAAAGAACACAAAGAAUUAUAUAAGUUUGAUGAAUUAUAUUGCUGAAUAUUGCCUACGGAUACUUGGCAAUUCUCUCUGUCCUUUUGCUAUAGUCGGUUUGGGAUCUUUAGCUCGCGAGGAAAUAACUUUAUAUUCUGAUUUUGAACAUGUAAUAAUUCUUGAAGACGGUAUUGAUGAUUCUCCAAAUUAUGAUACAGUGAGGGAAUACUUCAGAUGGUUUGCUGUGAUAUUUGAGAUUAUUAUAAUUGGUUUGGGGGAGACUAUAAUCAGAAGUGUUGGCGUGAAGAGUAUCAACGAUUUGUAUUCAGAAGACAAAAGCAAAAACUGGUUUUAUGAUAUGUUCACACCAAGUGGUAUUGCAUUUGAUGGUAUGGUUCCUCAUUCAUGCAAUACACCACUAGGUAGACAAGAACCAACAAAAAAUCACAAGCACAAAGUUGAACUGAUUCAGCCUGUCAGUAAAAUGGCUUCAUAUUUAACAUCGGAUGAAGACAUCAAAAAUGGUUACUAUUUGAAAGAUGUAUUGUCUCGUACUUGUUUUGUAUUUGGUAACGAAGAGUUGUAUUUGAAUUUUAAGGAAAAAUCCAGACAUAUCUUAGAUGGCCAACCAAAACAAGAAAUUGCUACUGAUAUUCUUAAGCAUGUAAGAGAGAAUGUCAACCAAGGUGUCAAAUCUAAAAUUCGAACACAUAUCAGCGCAUCAAAUGAAUUAGAUAGCAAAGUCUAUUUUUACAGACCGUUUGCAGUGUUGUUGGGUUACUGGGCUCGAUUUUUUAAGUUGAAAGAAGAAUCCAGUUUUGAAAUUAUCGUAAAAUCAAAAUUCAAUGAGACGUAUCAUCAUCCAACCAUGUAUGGCUUUGCUGUUGCUUGUGAAGCAAGAUUGAAGCUUUACAGUCAUUGUGAAGGAAAUCGAAAAUCAUCAGAAAAUAUUCUAAAUUAUAUCGGUAAAAAUUGUGCCAUCAAUUGUAUAUCAAUUAUUUUGCAUCUUGCAGAUUCGAUAGUGAAUUUGGAAAAACGUUAUAUAAAAGGUGAAUUACUGACCCAUGUUUUUCCUGGACCUUCUCCAUGUCCGGGUGCAUUUGAUGGCUCUUCACUGUCGCUUUUAUCAUUAGGUUUUCUUGAAGAAGCCCGGGUUAAAUUUGAACUGGAGAAAUCUUUGCUUGAUGAAGAUCCAUGGAAAGAUAGGUUUCCCUAUGCUGGUGUACUUCUUCCACUUGUCAUUACGUACUACCAACUUCACGAUAGGUCUGAGGAUGUAAAUUAUUUCAGCAAGGCUGAAAAAGAGAUUGAGUGUUUAUUAGCAAUAGAUGAAGAUAGUUCAGAAUCUUUCCUCAUUUGUACCAUGUUACUGGAAAUAUAUUUUGAUUCUGAACGUUAUGAAGAAGUUCUAACUCUUGUGGAAAAGUGGUUUAAAAAAGGUACUGUAAAAGAUAAAGGCAUCACUUUCUAUUUACGAUUGAGGCAAUUCUCAGCUAUGAGAUUAUUAAAAAAGCCAAAUGAAAUGCUUAAUUUUUGCUUGGGAGAAAUUUCAAAGCAUGAGGAUGAUGUUUCACAGUUGCUUUUUCAAUUUGGUUCUGCUUUAUUUUAUAUUGACUUGAAGAAAGACGUGCAAGGCAAAGAUAUAUUGAGCAAAUUAUCCGAUUCUGUGAUGCAAAUGAGAGGUGUUCCCAAGGUGGCGGUAUUGAUAUUCAUGUCGUUUGUUUUUAGGACUCAAAUGAAGAAUGACUGGUGGGGGGAUGCCUUUAUGACAUUAGAGAGGUCCAGAAUAAUACAGGAGUCGCAGAUGCAAUUGGUUGAUGUCGCACAUGCCGGUGGGGCUUUAGUAUGCCCUGAUGCUGCUUUGUGCUAUACUAUAAUAGCCAAACAUUUUAUGCCUGAAGCCAAAAGACCAGAAGUUCUAAACAGAGUGAUUGAAAUUUGCCGUCGUCCUGAAAAUUUGGUAGUCUGCGUCAAGCAUUACCAAUAUGCUCUCACCUUAAUGUUGACUUUAGAGAGCCAAAACUUGAAAGUAUUUGAUAUCAAAGCAUUUAACACAGCAUUCUCAGAAGCACCGCAUGUUGUUAUAAGUGACAUUACUUUACAAAGUACCGCUUUAAGAAAAGAACUUAUUCUUCUUGAUUAUUAUCAAGAACAAAUAUCGAAUGGAAAGAUCAUGGAUAUUUUUCCCUUGGUUAUUUCAUUUCUUCACACGUUUAAUUUCAAUCUUUCCCACCCUUUGCUAUCUGUCAGUAUAAAUGCACUUUUCAUUUCUCUCAUAGAUGCCUUGGCAUUGUUGAUAUGUCCAGGCGAUGGCCAACAAGUAAUAAACAGCGUUAAUGUUCGCUUUUGUGUUGAACGACUGCAAGUUUUUCAAAUAUUUUAUGAUACAUUAAUGCUGGAAUUAAAACAUGAAUUAAACCACAGUUCAAAUUUCUUUUGGAAAAAAGUGCGAUCACACCCGACUGUCAAUAAACAAUACAUUUAUAAAUUGUUGAAUCUUGUUAUCAAAGCUGUAUCUAUUGAUAAAUGGAGCCAAACUCAAAAAAUGAUAGAGGAUUAUGCUAAUAGGAUACUAAUAACUGGUCCCAGUAACCCUAUCGAAUCUAAGUACAAUUUUGCUAUUGCUAAUUACCAUGUAUGCAAUUUUCCUGUUGCUGCAAAAUGCUUGUGGGAGGUUAUUUGUCAGGUAAAAAAAGGUGACAUUCUCCACAUUAGAGCUAUUGUAACUCUACUGUUUGCUGUAAUAUUGCAAAUGAGAUCAUUUGGUUAUAUGCUAGAUUUUGGCUCAAAGUAUAUUUCAUUGAGCCUGUAACAAUUUUGAUUUUAUUGGCCCUUUGUGUUGCAAAUAUUUAUUUAACAGUUAACAAUUAUGAAAUAUUUCUAUUCAAUCCAUAUAUGCAACGCUUUAGAACAAGUUAUUCCUAUGUGAUCAAAUACAAUUUGUUCCCAGUGUAAUACUU